AUGGACCUCCUCCACAUGGCGCACCACCAGCCAGUGCGGCGCCUCCGGGUGCUCGUCCCCCUCUGCCCGUUCCCCACGGCCGGCGGUCUGGUUCCUCCGGUUGCCGCCGUCGCCGCCACGUGGGGUCCGAGUCAGAAGCUCUUACUACUUGUUGCUGUCACGCUAAUCCUGCAGCAUAGUACCACCGUUUAUGGGUCUGGGUCUUCUGAGAGCAUCAACACGGCACGGCCUGGCUGCCCAGACAAGUGUGGUAACGUCAGCAUCCCGUACCCGUUCGGCACUGGAAAGGGCUGCUUCCAAGAACCCUUUAAUGUUACAUGCCAUGAGAACAGGGCAUAUCUGGCCUCAACCGGAGUUAGGGUACUAGACAUCAAUCUUAACUUUGGUGAGGUUCGUGUUCAGAACCCAAAGAUAGCAUCACAAUGCAAUUACACCAACGGCACUAAUAGCACCAGUUUUGUUGGCUUAAGUCUUGAUCCUUUUCAUAAGGUUUCCAACACCAAGAACCAGUUGAUAUCGAUCGGGUGUAGUAUGCUUGGAAUGAUCCUAGGAGUGACCAAGGGCAAGAACCAGCUUGAGUUGCCCAUUGUCAACUCAUGCUUUUCAUUCUGCACUGACGCAAGUAACGUCGAUGAUAGCACAGAGUGCGCUGGCAUGGGUUGCUGCCAGACCCCCUUUCCAGGAAACAUCAGCUCCUUCAACACCUCAUGUACACCAAUACCACCUAUAUACAAUGCUAGCAUCCAGUCUUUUAGCCCAUGCAGCUACUCAUUCAUCGCUGAGGUGAACUCGUUCAAGUUUGAUCGUUCAUAUGUCAGCUCUACAAAUUUCAGAAGUAAAUAUACUGAGGGGUUUCCUUUGGUACUUGAUUGGGUUGUUGGCAAUGGAAGUUGUUCGGAAGCCACCAAGAUCGGGUCACAGUAUGCCUGUCAAGCCAUGAACAGCCAAUGCAUUAAUGUGUCCAAUGGCCCUGGUUACCGCUGCAACUGCUCUCAAGGUUAUGUGGGCAGUCCUUACCUACAAGGAGGGUGCCGAGACAUCAAUGAGUGUGAACCUCCAAACCAGUCUUUGUAUCCUUGCAAAGGUAAUUGUAGAAACACCGAUGGGAGCUACACCUGUUCAUGCCCAUCAGGAUUCAGGAGUGAUGAUCCACAGAGCAUACCCUGCGUAAGAGCUGACCCAAAUAAAGCUCUGAAGGUGGCCUUAGGCACAUCCGCUGGUGUCGUCUUCCUCAUGGUUUGCAUGUUUGCUCUACGGGCAGAAUAUCAGAAAAGGAAGCUGGCAAAAGAGAAGGAAAGAUUCUUCGAUCAGAAUGGUGGUCAGAUACUGUACCAUCAAAUUAUGUCAAAACAAGUCGAUACAUUGAAGAUAUUCACGCAGGAUGAUCUGAAGAAGGCUACAAACGAUUUUGACAAGAGCAGAGAAGUGGGCAAGGGGGGUCACGGCACUGUCUACAAGGGCAUUCUUAAGGAUAACAAGGAAGUAGCCGUGAAACGCUCAAAGAUCAUGAACGUGGCCGAAACUGACGAGUUUGUGCAGGAGAUUAUUAUACUUUCACAAACCAACCACCGAAAUGUGGUCAGGCUUUUAGGGUGCUGCUUAGAGGUGGAAGUUCCGAUGCUGGUC